AUGGCCUCCAUACCCCUGGGGCACCACCACCAACCGCCGGCGUCGGCGGUAUCGUUGAAUCCAUCACAUCGGCAGCAGUCUCAGUCGCAACCCGAAGUUCCUCGCCGGAGCUCCGAUAUGGAGACCGAUAAGGAUAUGUCAGCUACUGUCAUUGAAGGGAAUGAGGCCGUCACAGGCCACAUAAUCUCCACCACCAUUGGAGGCAAAAAUGGGGAACCUAAACAAACCAUCAGUUACAUGGCAGAACGUGUUGUUGGCACUGGAUCAUUUGGAGUUGUUUUCCAGGCAAAGUGCUUGGAGACUGGAGAGGCAGUGGCUAUUAAAAAGGUCUUGCAAGACAGGCGGUACAAAAAUCGUGAAUUGCAGUUAAUGCGCCUAAUGGAUCACCCAAAUGUAAUUUCCCUGAAGCACUGUUUCUUCUCCACAACAAGCAGAGAUGAACUUUUUCUAAACUUAGUAAUGGAAUAUGUCCCUGAGACAAUGUACCGAGUUAUAAAGCACUACAAUACUAUGAACCAGAGAAUGCCUCUCAUAUAUGCAAAACUGUACACUUAUCAAAUCUUUAGGGGAUUAGCAUAUAUCCAUACUACACUGGGAGUUUGCCAUAGGGAUGUGAAGCCUCAAAAUCUUUUGGUUCACCCUCUUACUCACCAAGUUAAGCUUUGUGAUUUUGGGAGUGCCAAAGUUCUGGUCAAGGGUGAAUCAAACAUUUCAUACAUAUGUUCACGUUACUAUCGAGCUCCAGAACUAAUAUUUGGUGCAACAGAAUACACAGCUUCCAUUGAUAUCUGGUCAGCUGGUUGUGUUCUUGCUGAACUUCUUCGAGGACAGCCAUUAUUUCCUGGAGAAAACCAGGUUGACCAACUUGUGGAAAUUAUUAAGGUUCUUGGUACUCCAACACGAGAGGAAAUCCGUUGCAUGAACCCAGAAUAUACAGAUUUUAGAUUUCCUCAGAUCAAAGCUCAUCCUUGGCACAAGGUUUUCCAUAAGCGAAUGCCUCCAGAAGCAAUUGACCUUGCAUCAAGACUUCUCCAAUAUUCACCUAGCCUUAGAUGCACUGCGCUGGAAGCAUGUGCACAUCCUUUCUUUGAUGAGCUUCGCGAGCCAAAUGCUCGUCUACCUAAUGGUCGUCCAUUGCCCCCACUUUUCAACUUUAAACAGGAAUUAGCUGCAGUAUCACCUGAACUGAUCCAUAGGCUCAUUCCGGAGCAUAUUAGGCAGCAGACUGGUCUCAGCUUCCCUCAUUCUGUCGUGCUGGCUGCUCGGCAUAGCAUGAAAGUUGGUGAUUCUCUCUAG